UCUACCACUUUAAGUAUUUGGUUUUGCUCUAUUGCGAGGUAGUGUGUUAGUCAGUCAUUGAAACUGAAGAUAUUUUAGAAUUUUUAGAUAAACGCAGAUGUAUUACCAGGUCAUUAGAUUGAAAUCGAUACAGUACGAUACGUUCAGAAAAUGGGAAAACGAGAGUUAGCUAGCUAGCUUUGCUGUGAUAUGUUUCAUUGCUAUCAAAAGAAAAGGAACUGACUUGCUAUCUUACAUAGAUAGCGAGCUAAUGUAAACCUGUCAGCUAGCAAGCUAUAUUAGCGAACUCGCUCGUUCAUGUAAAGUUGAAUAGACAAGUAGCUUAUCAAAGGCGAAAUAAAACAUAUUUUAUUUGUACGGUAGCCAACGGUACUACUUGCUAGACUUUCAAAUAAUUACUGGCCUACGGGUGAUGUUAGCUCAUAGCUAGCUAAUGAUUGUGUUCAUUCUAACAAAACGCUCUCUCCCGCAGGAUUAGGACCAUUAGCUAAAUUUUCAUUGCACAAGGUAAUUUAGGUAGCUAGUCUUUUUUAUUGCUGCUAGUUUAGCGGGCAGUAUGCUCCCUAGUGUGUGCAGUUGACUUAACUUUAUUUUUAAGCUAGCUAAGAUAUUUCAGUAUAUAUUUUAAAUGGAAUGGAUACAGGACCGGACUAGUGACGAUAUUUUUUCCAAGGCUGUUUUUAGUUGGAGAAGUACGUUAACGUUACUUCAUCUAAGAUCGGUCUAACAAUAGUUAAGUUAGCUACUUGAUGUGUCAGAAGUUAGCUAAUUCCUUGUAUCACACCACCAUAAGCAGUGCAGCUAGAUAAGGUAGGCUAUUAUUACGUACUUUGCUUGGCCAAAUGUGUACAAUUCCGAUCUGUAAAAUAUCGGAUAUUUCGGUUAUGUUUGACUUGCACAGCAUUAUUUUGACACGGAAGACACAUGGCGACAGUAUCAGGGACCCAGAGGACCGACAGGACCAAUGGGAUUUUUGUGUUAGAAAAUAUAUUUUUUAAUACCGACACAAAUUAGAUGCAAAUCAUGAUAAAAUACGUUUGAACUUCGAUGGACACAAUUAGCGAAAGACCAGGCUAGCUAAUGCUACAGCCGUGGCAUUUAAUCAAGAGUGAGAUUGCUAUUUCAGUGCUAGGUGAUAAGAGAGACAUCCACUGUAGUUGAUGACGGUGACUUGAUAUUUCUUCACAAAGACCGAAUGUAAUUGGCAGUAUCACGAGCGGAACAGGAAACUGGUAAAUUGAUCAUCUUUGCAGAGGCCUCGACAUACCUGCAUCAGAUCAGCUUGAAUGAAUUGCAAAGGAUUUAAGAUGACUACUUCAUGGAGCGACCGACUGCAGAAUUACGCAGACCUGCCCGCCAACAUGGACGGGCUGGCUAUGAAGAAGUACCGGAGGGAGGCCUACCACAGGGUGUUUGUCAACAGAAGUUUGGCAAUGGAGAAGAUUAAGUGCUUUGGCUUUGAUAUGGAUUACACUUUGGCUGUGUAUAAGUCCCCUGAGUAUGAGUCUUUGGGAUUCGACCUGACUGUGGAGAGACUUGUGUCUAUCGGCUAUCCUCAGGAGCUCCUCAACUUCGUCUACGACCCCGCCUUCCCCACCAGGGGCAUGGUGUUUGAUACGCUGUAUGGGAACCUGUUAAAGGUGGAUGCUUACGGGAACAUCCUGGUCUGUGUCCACGGGUUCGAUUUUCUGCGUGGACCAGAGAUCCGAGAGCUGUACCCCAACAAGUUCAUCCAACGAGACGACACCGAACGUUUUUAUAUCCUCAAUACUCUAUUCAACUUGCCAGAGACCUACCUCUUUGCGUGCCUAGUCGACUUCUUCAGCAACUGUGAUCGAUAUGCAAGCUGUGAAACAGGCUUUAAGGACGGAGACCUCUUCAUGUCCUUCAAGAGCAUGUUCCAGGACGUCCGAGACGCUGUAGACUGGGUCCACUUUAAGGGAACUUUAAAGGUGAAAACUGUUGAAAACCUGGAGAAAUACGUGGUGAAAGACGGCAAACUGCCCCUCCUUCUGAGUCGGAUGACUGAAGUUGGCAAAGUGUUCCUGGCCACCAACAGCGACUACAAAUACACAGAUAAAAUCAUGACGUACCUGUUCGAUUUUCCUCAUGGGCCAAAGAUGGGCACAGCCCACCGGCCUUGGCAGUCCUAUUUCGACCUGAUCCUGGUGGAUGCGCGGAAGCCCAUGUUUUUCGGGGAGGGCACGGUGCUCAGACAGGUGGACACGGCGACGGGGAGGCUGAAGAUCGGGACCUACACUGGACCUUUGCAGCAUGGCAUCGUCUACUCCGGAGGCUCCUCGGACAUCGUCUGCGACCUCCUGGGGGCCAAGGGCAAGGACAUCCUGUACAUCGGAGACCACAUCUUCGGCGACAUCCUCAAGUCCAAGAAGCGGCAGGGCUGGAGGACCUUCCUGGUGAUCCCGGAGCUGGCUCAGGAGCUGCACGUGUGGACCGACAAGAGCUCGUUAUUCGAGGAACUGCAAAGCCUGGACAUUUUCUUGGCAGAGCUCUACAAGCACCUGGACAGCAGCAGCAACGAGAGGCCCGACAUCAGCGCUAUUCAGAGGCGCGUGAAGAAAGUGACGCACGACAUGGACAUGUGCUACGGCAUGAUGGGAAGCCUGUUCCGCAGCGGCUCCCGGCAGACGCUGUUCGCCUCGCAGGUGAUGCGCUACGCUGACCUGUACGCCGCGUCCUUCAUCAACCUGCUGUACUACCCCUUCAGCUACCUGUUCAGAGCGGCGCACGUGCUGAUGCCUCACGAGUCCACGGUGGAGCACGCGCACGUCGACAUCAUCGACUCCGAGUCGCCCAUGGCGACGCGGAACCGCCACGCGGUGGACUGCAAGGACUUCGACUGCAAGAGGAACCAGCUGACCCGGUCCGUGAGCGAAAUCAAACCGCCAAACCUCUUCCCCCAGACCCCCCAGGAGAUCACGCACUGCCACGACGAGGAUGACGACGAAGAGGAGGAGGAAGAGGAAGAGGAGGAGUAGUGACCACAGGGCUCGGCUGUUUUUAGAGUUUUUCGGUAGGAAUCCCAUCGUAGAGGGAGCCAGUGUAGAGAGAGGCAUUUAGAUUUAUGGGUUACACUUUAUAUAUGGAAAUUGAAAUACUUAUUUUUCAUUUUACUGUUUGUAAAUGUAUAUAUCAGAGUAGGCCCCCUCCUUUUAGAUUGUUUUAUUUUUAUGCAAUACAGUUCAUUUUGUGAUAUGAUGAUGAGUUUUUUGGGAGAGUCGGUCAGGAGUGAGGAGGCAUUUUAUUUGACCAAACUCAAGCGGAUGUUUUAGUUAACAUGGGUGAACCCGUGAACGAUGUUUGUCCUGUCCAAGAAAAGAUGAAAAAAAAAACAAAAAAAAAACACUACUGGUUUUUUCUUCGCCUGCAAACAGGCUGGAGAAGCUCCAGUUUCCUUUUGUGUUUACACUCGAAACCACGAUGUAUGCAAAAAACCGACGUGAAAAAAACGUCCACCGAGGACUGGGAGCGCUUUCACAGCGAGCUCGAUCCUACCAAACCACGUACGCACAGUUCGGAGGACCGAGAGAAGAUUCUGGAGUACAGAACCGCUCGGCCUCAUGGUGCUGUGCUGAUGUAGCUUGUGUGUUCCCGUCUGUCAUGGUCCAAGUUAAUUUCUUUCUUUUGUGGUGGUUUUGAGAUAGCUAGCUGUCUCGCUACUGCGCUGCGAAGCCCUUGCUGAAACAGACCGUCCUGCCGUGAUCGCUUCUGGCGUGAGGGCCCCGCCCAGCCCGCUGCGUUAACGUACGGUACGCCGUACGUAGCUUUGAGGCGGCUGUCCGCUAUCUAACCCGCUUGUCCCCGGUCAGGGGGGUUCGAGGUGUGCAAAGCACAAACAUUAUCGUUUGUAGGUUUCCUCGCGAGGAUAAAUAACCGAUAUAGCAUUUUUAUUCUAGAAAAGAACAUUUAAAAAACAAAACGGCACAUUAGAUUUUGACUCGGCUGAAGUUUGCUUCAUUUGUAGAAAGCACAGGCUGCCCCCUGCUGUUCAGGUAUAGGCCUGCAUUCUGUGCGGCUAGCAUGCUAGCAUUUUCUGAGCUGCCUGCUCUCACUCGGUAUCUGCUGCUGCUUUUCGACAGGCGGCUGCGUAUUCCCAGUGCCAAGGGUUCAUUCAUGCAGCUUAACACAGUUCUUUCUACCAGUUUGAGUGUGAAUGAAUGUAACUAUGGAAACUAUUGCUAUUAUUAUUGUUUUUUUGUUUUUUUUGUACCUGAUGUGUAACAUAGCAGCUGAUUUACAAGGUGACGACAGUAAUGCAACUCAGAUGAACUUUCCCUGCUCGUGUUGUUCGAAUCCACUGCUGGCAAAAAAAUAGUGUAAUUGUGACUGAAUGACUUUGUUUAUAUAUAGACUUUGGGGACCCCCCCACCGGGACGGAGUCGUCCUUAGGGGGCCAGCAGAUGCAGCCUGAAUUGGCCUUGUGUGAGCACCCCCCCCCCCCCAUCUCUCAGACCUCAGAGGGUCCUUCCUGCAUGAGUGCAACAGUGACCUCUGACCCCAAGGAAUGCAGCAUGAGAAACAAAGACUGCCUCUAUGAGCUGGAGAAACUCCAUUGCUGCCAUUUUGUUUUCAAUAUGCACACUUUUUCCCCCCCACUUCUUUUUUUUACCAAACAUUGUAUUGAAUGACAAACUAACCUCAGUCUUCUAGCUGAUGCAGUGUUGUAACGGUACAUGUGAUUGUGGAUGAGACCACAGCAUUCGAAAAUUAAACUUUUUUCUUUUCCUUUUUCUUUCUUUCUCAAAAGGGAAACAGGAUGUAUGUAGAGUGAGUUCACACAAACAGACAAGUCACUCAGACGGUUCCUGUGUGGACAUUUUACUUUUCGCCUGCAAGCCGCCAGGUCGCACAGCAAGUGUGCUUGUAAACACAAGUGUUCAUUUUGGACAGAAUAACUGAAUGUAUUAGACAGGGGAGACCCUGUUUUUUAAGCUAAUCCGGUUACAUCACGUUCCAAGUCUUAUUUACAGGAUAAUAGGAAUGGAAUUUAAGACGCAGCUCUUAAAGUCAUUAUUUUGAACCUUUCGGUUAUGCAUUAUUUUUCAUUAGAGCGAGAUCAGCAGUGUCAGAGUGCUGCUGUACUUGUUUGUGAAGCCACACACCUUACAAGAUUUUUUUAAGAGAUUCAAUUCACACUGGAUUGUGAAGGUUUGUUGGCUCAGGGAGAGAGAGGAGUGUAUCUCAUUGUGAAAAAUGUGAGACAGCCUGGAAGUUUGAGCAAAUUAUAUUUCUAACAGCAAUAGCAAAUCGUGCAGGCAGGCAAACUGGGAUAUAAUCGACUGAAACAGAAAAGUCAAGAAACGGAUUAGAAAUGCAACUGGUAGUUCUACUGUAGCUUCCUCGUGUCUCGUAUAGCUAAGUGAAGCUGUAUAUAAACCUUUCGUUAUGCCAUGUUUUUGUUAAACAGUUUUUUUUUAAACUCCCAUACUUUUUCGUUCCCGUAAUGUUUAAUAUUUGAGUGCUAACGGUUUCUGUGCAUACAGAGUAAUUAAUGGUCCGUCAUACAGGUAAAUGAAAACGGUUUUAUAUCAUAACGCGUUACACCCCCAUUUCCAUAAAAAACUACCGUUGGGUGCCAAAGCCUUUAUCAUGCAUUGGUUAAGAAAGUGGGUUUUUUUACACUAUAGUUUCAUGCAUGUUAUAGCUCUCGAGUUUUUAAAGGACCUGUUAGUUUUGUUCCCAAAAAGAGUAUAAUUAAAAAUGUACAUUUAGGACAUGUAAUUUUAAUGUAAAAUAAAGCUUAUAACUUCCA